UGGACGUGGAGCGUUACGUCCGUGACCUCAUGGGAAAGAUGGCUGCGCCCUGCAGAUUUCCUUUCGCCUAGUGUUUUUCGCGUCGCGCUCGUGUUUGGCUCGAAGUCAGGUUUCCUGUGGUCUUCUCCCAGCAUGUUCUCCUUCCGACGCUGUGGCCACAGGGUCGCAAUUUCUCUCACCAAACAAUACCUUCCGUUCGCCGGGUUAAGCCGGGACAGCGCAGCGCCGUGUUCUCCGCACUUCGAUGUGGUAGUCGUAGGUGGAGGACAUGCCGGGACCGAGGCAGCCGCUGCCGCUGCUCGGUGCGGCUCCCGGACCCUGCUUCUCACGCACCGCGUGGACACUAUCGGUGAGGCGCGUCAGAUGUCCUGUAAUCCUUCCUUUGGUGGCAUUGGAAAGGGACAUUUAAUGAGGGAAGUAGAUGCCUUGGAUGGCCUGUGUUCUAGAAUCUGUGACCAGUCUGGUGUGCAUUACAAAGUGUUAAACAGACGGAAGGGACCAGCUGUGUGGGGACUGAGAGCUCAAAUUGAUAGGAAACUCUAUAAACAAAACAUGCAGAAAGAAAUCCUGAACACACCACUGCUUACUGUUCGUGAGGGGGCUGUAGAAGAUCUUAUUCUUGCAGAACCAGAACCUGAACACACUGGGAAAUGCCGUGUCAGUGGUGUUGUUUUGGUGGAUGGAAGCACAGUAUAUGCAGAGAGUGUGAUUCUGACUACUGGGACAUUUCUGAGAGGCAUGAUUGUAAUUGGAUUGGAGAUGCACCCAGCAGGACGUUUGGGAGAUCAGCCUUCUAUGGGGUUGGCUCAGACUCUGGAGAGGUUGGGGUUUGUGGUGGGAAGGUUGAAGACUGGGACUCCACCUCGAAUUGCCAAAGAGACCAUUAAUUUCAGCAUUCUAAAUAAACAGACACCAGAUAAUCCAUCUAUACCAUUCAGCUUUGUCAAUGAGACAGUGUGGAUUAAGCCAGAAGAUCAGCUGCCAUGCUACUUGACUCACACCAACCCAAGAGUGGAUAAGAUCGUGCUUGAGAACCUUCACCUUAAUAGUCAUGUUAAGGAAACUACAAGAGGGCCCCGAUACUGUCCCUCCAUUGAAUCAAAGGUUUUACGUUUUCCGAAUCGUGUGCAUCAGGUUUGGUUAGAACCUGAAGGAAUGGAUUCUGACCUCAUCUAUCCCCAAGGGUUAUCUGUGACACUACCAGCUGAGUUACAGGAGAAAAUGAUCAUGUGCAUUAGAGGCUUGGAGAAUGCUAAAAUGACUCAGCCAGGCUAUGGUGUUCAGUAUGACUACUUAGAUCCCCGUCAAAUCACUCCUUCCCUUGAGACUCAUUUGGUUCAACGGCUCUUCUUUGCUGGACAGAUAAAUGGCACAACUGGUUAUGAGGAAGCCGCAGCUCAAGGUGUGAUAGCUGGAAUCAACGCCAGUCUUCGGGUCAGUCGCAAACCACCAUUUAUUGUUAGUCGAACAGAAGGCUACAUAGGAGUUUUGAUUGAUGACCUUACCACACUGGGCACCUGUGAACCAUACCGCAUGUUUACCAGCCGAGUGGAGUUCCGUUUGUCACUGCGCCCUGAUAAUGCUGACAGCCGGCUUACAUUCCGAGGGUAUAAGGAAGCUGGCUGUGUGUCUCAACAACGAUAUGAAAGAGCUUCUUGGAUGAAGUCUUCUUUAGAAGAAGGCAUUUCUGUGUUGAAAUCCAUUGAGUUUUCAAGCUCCAAGUGGAAAAAGUUAAUCCCACAGGCUUCUAUAAGUACUGCAAGAAGUCUGCCUGUCAGAGCUCUAGAUGUUCUGAAGUAUGAGGAAGUUGACAUGGAAUUACUAGCCAAAGCUAUUCCAGAAUCCUUGAAGAAGUAUACUAAAUGUAGAGAGCUUGCUGAAAGACUGAAAAUAGAAGCCACUUAUGAAUCAGUAGUGAUCCAUCAGCUGCAGGAAAUAAAGGAAGUUCAACGAGAUGAAGCUCUCCAACUGCCAAAAGACCUAGACUAUUUGACUAUCAGGGAUGUGUCUUUGUCCCAUGAAGUUCGAGAGAAACUACAUUUCAGUCGCCCACAGACGAUCGGGGCUGCUAGCCGCAUACCUGGAGUGACACCUGCUGCUAUCAUCAAUCUGCUCAGAUUUGUGAAGACCACUCAGCAAAGACAGGGAGCUAUGAAUAAACUGCCCCAAACAGAUGAAUACUUACGUGAUACAGACAAACUUCAGGAAAGAGAGUUAUAGCUUUCAAUUUAUAGAAGACUUUUUUUUUUGGGUUUUUUUUUUUGGGUUUUUUGGGUUUUUUUUUUUAAUUUAUUUUUAUUGUAAACAAAUGGGAUACAUCUUGUUUCUCUGUUUGUACAUGAAGUAGAGGCAUACCAUUUGUGUAAUAAUACAUUUACAUAGAGUAAUAGUUUUUGACUUAUUCUGUUAUUUUUCCCUUCCCCCCCAUAGAUUUUUAAAGAAAGUAUUUGAAUAAUUUAACCUACACAAGAGUAUAAAUAGUAAAUAAGAACUGUUCUAAUACCCAUGAAAAUAGUCUUAGUAGGUUUUUAUGGGUUUGUCAUUAAUUUAUGAAGAGGACAGAAGUUACAAUUGUGCUUUUUUUUCUCUAAAAAAUGGUAAACAAUUUAUACUCUCAGAAGCUGUAAUAUAGUCAGCCUACUCAUAUAACUACACAAAACUAAACCUGGAAAAAAAAAACUCAACUUGCAGAUCUGUCUGCUCAUAAGGACUUUAACCAUGAAGUUAGGAAGCAAUAA